AUGAGUUAUCCUAAUAUAUAAGAGUUUUUAGAUGACUUUGAAAAACAGAAUGAUUUAUUAGGAAAAGGGACAUACGGUGAGGUUUAUAAAAUGAAAACGAAGAGAUGCAUCAAUCCUGAUUAAGAAAAGCUUUAGGAAGGACAAGAUGGUUAUAGUGGGUAGUAUUAUGCAGUAAAAAUGAUGAAUGCUAAGACAGAAAAGUCGUUUACAACGAUAUAGAAAGAAUUUCUCAUACUAAAAAGUCUGCCAAACUAACAUCCAAAUAUCAUUAAGCUUUACAAGAGUUAUGCAUGGGCCAAUCAGAUCACUAAAAACUACACAUUAGUUUUAGUUAUGGAACUUGCCGAUAAAAGCCUGAUGAAGGAGAUCGAAGAGAGAAGACAAGCUAACAAAUAUUUUUCUGAUGACCAAUUGCAUCACAUAUUCUUGUAAUGCAUACAAACAUUAAAUGAUAUCAAACUGCAUUCAAAUAUUUAUCAUAGAGAUAUAAAACCUGAAAACAUCCUUCUAAAUAAAGAGUAACAAAUAAUCAUUACAGAUUUUGGAGUGUCUCGAAAAUUAAUGAAGGAGAAGUUACCCACCAUUAAUGGCACAUUGGUUGGAACACCAGCUUACUUGUCUCCAAUAUUAUGGAAGGCUUUUGAAGAGGGGCAAUUCUAAAUUUCAAAAAUUAAUAAAAUCACUCACAAUGUAGAAAAAUCUGAUGUUUAUUCAUUGGGUGUAACUUUGCUAUAGACAACUCUACUGUUGAAUUCAGAAAUAUAAAAAUUAAAUUCUGGUGAACAAGGUUAGUAAGUAACUAAAGACUUGUUGAGGAAUGUCUAAAAUCAAAGAAUUAAGUAUAUCCUUACAAGAAUGCUAGAACAUGAUGAAAAAUAAAGAGCUACCUACAAUGAAUUACUUUAACUAUUGAAUGAAACGAUGCCUAAAUAAGUAGGUUAGAUAAAGAAGCCCAUAUUUUCAUAUGUUGAACCGAAAUUGGGAAUUAAAGAACAAUUUAGUUUGUAGGCCAAAAUUAAAUUUGAAAAUAAUUGUAAAAAAGAUUAACAGGAAACUCAACAAAGUCCAUAGUAAUUAGAAUAACAGACAGAAAUAGAAACCAUAAAUUAAAGUUAAUUGAAUUAAUAAGAGUUAAAUGAAAAUAAAAUAAAAGAUUUAUGAAAUUUAUUACAUAUCUAUUUACAUCAAAUAACUAUAA